AUGUUAAAAAUAAUCACGUUUUGUAGCAAAACUCGAAAACCUAAAAGUAUUUACACUUUUUCUCAGUUAAGAACAUUUUUAUCGCCCGCAUAUUAUUGCAACGAGGUAUGGGAACAUAGACUAAACUCACCAGUGCUUCAAAAAGUAAACCCUGAAGAUUUAUAUAAUGAUGUAGACCAAAGGUAUCAAAAACUGAAGCAGAUAAGUGCAGUGGACGUUGACAUAUUCACCAAUUCUGUUAACAAUAACCAAUUUAAUGGCGAAAUCCUUGAUUUGGUGCACAAACUUCGCCUAAGUGCAGAUGCUUACAAUGCAUUGGAUUCUACAUCACAUGCAGUAAUAAGAACCCUAAUGAAUUAUGGAAAUAAGUCUGAUUUAGUUGAUGCCAUUGAUGACAGACUUAACUAUGGUUUAUUCUUGGAUUCAUACACAGCAAAUCUUUUGUUGGAUACUUUUUGGAAGGAAAGGGAUUAUUUGCAAGGUGCUAGAGUAGCAAGUCAGAUUAUGUUGCAGGAAGAUUUUGGAGUACCACUAACAGAUAGUUUGUGUUUAUUGCAUUGUUACAAAUAUUUGGAGAAACCUUCAGAAUGGCCUAAAUAUGAAACUGUUGCUGAGCCUGAAGAUGAAGUUAAAGUAAGGGUUAAAUACCUGAGGAAUCCUUAUGAUGAUGAUCAUUUUGACUUAAGAGAUUCUAAUAAAAUUAUUGGGAAAACUUUGGUAUUUUUGACUAAAGGUAAAGAUGAUGUUUUAAGUAAAUCAUUUAAUGUUUUGGGUUUGGCACUAUUUGGAAAAAAUGAAGAGGCUGCCAAGGUUGCUUCUUCCUAUGAAAAACCAUUGUGUAAAGAAGUUAUAUCAUUACUACCUGAAGAUAAUAAACUGGACAUCAAGACAGAAAGUUUGGAAGUGGAAAAAUUGCUUAUAAGUGAAGUAGAAAAAAAUAUAAACACUUCUUCUGAAACAGACAUUGCAAAGCAAUGUGAGGUAUUCUCACAAUGGGAGCAGAAAAGAAUUGAGGCUUUAAAUGAACAACAGAAAAGAUAUGAAACACAAAGACGCCUUGAAACAGUUAAGGAUCUUAAGGAAGCAAUCAAAGAAAAGGAAACCAAAUUGUGGUUCUUUGAGAAUGAAGAACAAAUUGAAUUGGAUAUUAUGGCUAAAAGAGUCUUUUAUCCCAAAAAAUGGUUUGGUAAGAAGAAGAAGCCCAGAAAAAUUGAUGAAGGAUAUGUUCCUCCUGAAAUUCGAUCCAGACAAGAAAGUUAG